AUGUUCCGAAGCUCGGCGUAUGUUCUGUUAUUGCUGUACACGGUAGUCAGUCUUGUCAGAUGUGAUCCGUUCAAUGAUCAAAUAUCGCUGUCGAAGCGAACGACAAUUGGUCUCGCUAUCACGGCAAACUUUCCGGAUCCCAGCAUCAUCAAAGUCAAUGGUACUUGGUAUGCAUUUGCUACACAUACCCGAGGAACCGACAUCAAAAUCCAAGUUGCUCGAUCCCCGGACUUCGAGAAUUGGUCGAUAAUCAGGAACGUCGAUGGUUCGCAGUUUGAUGCGCUUCCUGUACUUCCUGCAUGGGUGCGGAUGGCGAACUACUUGACCUGGGCUCCAGAUGUCCAACAACUCGAUGAUGGGUCGUUUAUCAUGUACUAUUCGGCCACUGCAGCGGCCAGACCAGACGGAUCAAAACACUGCGUUGGGGCUGCUACUUCACCAACAAUUCUCGGACCGUAUACGGGGUUGGCAGAUGCACUUUUCUGUCCGCUUUCCAGAGGAGGAGCCAUUGAUGCUUCAGGAUUCAAGGAUAGGAACGGUAAACGAUACGUUUUGUACAAGACUGACGGCAACGCUGUUGGGAAUGGUGGCGCGUGUGGGAAUACUGUUUUCCCAAUCGUUGGUACACCUUUGAUGCUUCAACCUGUGGCUGCGGACGGUCAUACUUUCACUGGCAAUGCUGUCGCACUUCUAGACAAUAACGGUCUUGCGGACCAAGGCAUUUUGGAGGCUCCAGUCUUGACUCGCUCUCGAGCUGGUGUCUACUUUCUCUUUUUCAGCAGUGGUUGCUUUGCUACAUCAGGAUACACGGUGUCUUAUGCAACUGCGAGCAACCUUACAGGGCCAUACACACGUGCAGAUGGCCCGCUGUUCAGGACUGGUGAUGGCAACGGACUCAAGGCUCCUGGUGGCAUGUCAGUAUGGGGCGAUAACAGACACAUGGUGCUUCAUGCGAAUUAUGGAAACGGUCGCGCCAUGUAUACCACGUUCAUAGCACUGAAGGGAACAGAAGUCAUUACCAUGUGA